GGCUCAGCCUGGGCUCAGCUGCUGCCAUUUGAUUUUGACUCAUUGACUGUAUCGUUCGGAAAGAUAAUCAAGGCCAAUUUUGCAACGUCUUCGAUGCAAAUAUGGAAAAUUGCAGGCUAGUGGAAUAGAAAAAUGCAGCCCAUAAGUCGACUCGACAAAGUUUAUCGAAGCCUUGUGCUUUCCAAGUUCUUCACCAAAGGAUGGGGGAAGCCAGAAAAUAUAAAAAGGCUAUUCGAAUUUAGGAAAAUUGUGUGUAACAGGGAAACCAGCUUCAAACUUGUACAACCUGACUAUCCUGUCAACAUCACAAAGGAAGAGAAUUCGUCUGAUUAUACACUGCUUGAGGGACACUUUGUGUCACCAUUUGUGCACCAUUUGCCUGGAAUUUUGCCUCAAGAGGCAGAGCUCGCGCACUUUCAAGUGGUGCUGCCGAAAGAGUGGCGAGACCCGAACUUCAAACCUAUGUGCAUCCACAUGGCUGGAACAGGAGACCAUUUCUUUUGGCGGCGGCGGACGAUGAUGGCAAAGCCGUUGUUGAAAGAAGCAGGCAUCGGCGCCAUAAUUUUGGAAAACCCUUUUUAUGGGACAAGAAAGCCCAAAGAGCAGCUGCGGUCCAGUCUGUUAAACGUGUCCGAUAUUUUUGUAAUGGGCGGUUGUCUAAUGCUGGAGGCGCUUGUUUUGCUCCACUGGUGCGAGAGACUUGGACUUGGUCCCCUCGGACUCACUGGGAUGUCCAUGGGUGGACAUAUGGCAUCCAUAUCAGCGACAAACUGGCCUAAACCCGUUGUCCUAGUGCCGUGCCUCUCCUGGUCCACAGCUUCGACGGUUUUUACUAAGGGAGUGAUGAGCGCUGCAAUUGACUGGGGAAUGUUAGAAGCGCAGUACAUGGGAAACGAACAGUACAGACAGGACUUGAGGAAAAUGCUGACGAUGGAAAAAGACAAAAAGAUGGAGACGAUUUUCACACCAAAUAUGAUUUCCGUUGCGUGCGAACAGGAUGCGUUUCGGGCCGGACAGCACUUUGCGCAGAGCUUCCCAAGCACCAUGUCGCGGAUCAGUCGAAUGGACGCGCAGGAGGACUCGGACAGCGAUCAUGAGCAGCAGCCGCAGCAAGCGACGAUGAUGGCAACGGGAACAGGCACAGGGGGCGUUGUGCCAAGCAUGCUGGCUGGCUUCCACUUGUCCAAGAAGCGAUUGAGCGCAUCCGGCAACGCCGAGAAGCGGCAGAAGGCGCAGGACGAGGUGCUGCAGUUCAUGCGUGGCAUCAUGGACGAGUGCACGCACCUCAAGAACUUCUCUGUGCCGGUCGACACAGAGCUGAUCAUCGCGAUUGCCGCACUUGAGGAUGCGUAUGUGCCCAGAGACAACUGCACGCACCUGCAGGACAUCUGGCCCGGCGCUUCCAUUCGCUUCCUUAAGGGCGGGCACGUCAGCUCCUUUGUCCUCUACCUCAACACUUUCAGGAAAGCUGUGAUUGAAGGCUUUGAGCUGUACAAACAACGUUACCCAAACGUGAUUAGGCUGAACCCGGAGCAGCAGUGAAAAGACAAGAAAUAGAGCUAAAACCUUCAACCAACCGACUGAUAAUUAAUACCGCGAACCAACACACAAACAAGCGAAUCAUUUAUAUUUUUACAUACUGACAAAAUGGUGUAACCAAUAGAGUCGAGUUUUCCUAUGCGCAACUAGUCAGUAAAACAUGAUAAAUCGAGCAGAAGUAGAUCGUGUGACUAAAACGUAUGCCAUUUUUGUCAAAGCGUAGGAAGAGAAAAAUAAUUGAAUGUACUGUGAUUUAAGAAAAUGUUCGUGAGUAAUGUCUGCAAAUAAUCUGUACAAAUCAUUAAAGCAACAAGAGUGAACGUAAAACGAA